CUUCCCUCUUCUCUUCUACCACAGCAAAGAGAAAGACUCCUCCAAGAUGCUCUUCACUAGCAAAACCAUCAUCUUUCUCGCGGCCGCAGCCAACCUCAUCCGCGCCGCCCCUACCGCCUCAGCCAACGGCGUCGACUUCUUCAAUUCCACCGUGGGCAUCCUCGACAACAAUGCCGACACCGAGGGCUGGGCUUCAUUCUGUGACAACGCCGACUGCAACAACUGCGGCAUGUCGGUGUCCUUGACCAACCCGGGUUGCUUGCGUCAAACCGGCAGAAAGGCCGUCAAGUUCCAUGGUAACCCGAUCUGGAACACCUUUACUCUGAUUGCGUCCCCGGACGACCAGUGCGGCUGCCAGAGCAGCUGCCAGCCCGGUCUCCAUGCGGACAGUGGCUGCUUCCCUCUUGACGACCUCCAGGGCGGAUCGUACCGGUUCAUCACUGGUGACGGUAUCUGCCCGUCCAACAACUGUUAAGCGUGGACUAGACUGCGAAUGUCGAAGAAGUACCUUUUGAAUGCUGUUUUCCUGGUUGUUGUUGAAUGCAUCUCUGUCUGGUUGGGUUAUUUUAGUUUGGUCUGGUUGUGAAUGUGAAAGACAGAGAAUACUGGUAGUGAUACUUUAUUGAAAUGGAAUACAUGGAAUUAAUGGAACUUGAAAUUGGG